AUCGAUCAAGAUUCUCUUGAUAUUAUUAAUAUUGAGUUUAAAGGCUCAGCGAAUGGAUACAAUUGCAAUUACGAUUUGAAGUUGCUCGAUCUCGAGCAGGACCAUCUCUCGAUCCCAGAGCUUGACUAUGCUACAAUAAUCAUGUUACCAUCCACAGAAUUUAAAAAGAUUUGCCAGGAUCUCAUGGUCACCGGUGGUGACUCUAUGGUUAUUACCGUAAAAAAGAAUGAAAAGAUGGCCAGAUUUACUUCCGUGGGAGACUUUGGCACGUGCAAUAUCGAGUUAGAACCACGAGAUUUAAAUGAUCCUGAUGGACCAAUCAUGAUCAAUGCAGGUGAUGACAUCAAUAUGUCAUUCUCGCUCAAAUACCUGUGCAUGUUCACAAAAGCCACUGUGUUGUCAGAACAUGUUAGUGUUUAUUUUAGCGAUCGAAUGCCAGUUCUUGUCGAAUACAAGACCGGUAGCAGCUACGUGAGAUACUACCUCGCUCCAAAGAUUGAAGAUGAUGAAUGA